GCCAGGAGCUUCCCUGGCUUCUGCAGGCUUUUAAGGUCUGGUGGCGUAGAAAUGCCUGCCCCCCACCCCCUUCCUCGGUCUCCCCUUUCAGUUCAGAAGUGCUGAUGUGCAGACCGGAUUCAUCUUCUCCGAGCGGCGGCGGCGGCGGCGGCGGGCACAGGAGGCUGCAGCUCGCGCUCGGCAGCGGGGUCCUGACAGCGGCGGGGGCGCGGCGCGGGAGCCCGAGCUCGGGUGGCAGCUGAGCCCUCGGUGCGCCUGUCGCCGCGGCCGCGAUCGCGGGAAGUUCGGCCGCUGGAAGGACGACCUGGACCGAGCCGGCUUGGCUGCGGCUGCCCCGGGCCGAGCUCCUCACCUGCCCUCCGCCCACACGCGGGCCCCCAGCCAAGUCCCCCAGCUCCCGGGGGAGCCAGGCAGUGCUUGCCCUCUCUACCGUUCCGAAGGCACCCGCACGUCUCCGGACAUCUGAACACUUAAGUCCUUCCUUGGAGCCUCCCAGUGGGGAGAAGAGCACUGUCCCUUGAGCCCCUUUGAACCACGAGGCCCACCGGGUCUGGUCCCCUCCUUUACCUCAGGGAGAGGAGGAUGGAUUUGCAAGUGCUCUCCCCGAGGCUGCCCCAGUGGUUAGUGGUCUUGGGUUUUGUUUUUUCCUGGGAACUGUGGGUCUGCACUAGCCUCGAUUAUGAUUACACUUUUGAUGGGAACGAAGAGGACAAAACGAUGCCUAUAGAUUACAAGGACCCGUGCAAAGCCGCUGUGUUUUGGGGUGACAUUGCCUUAGACGAUGAAGACUUGAAUAUCUUUCAAAUAGACAGGACAAUUGACCUGACACAGAGUCCUUUUGGAAAACUUGGACAUAGCACAGGUGGAUUUGGAGACCAUGGCAUACCAAAGAAACGAGGGGCUCUGUAUCAGCUAAUAGACAGGAUAAGACGACUUGGCUCUGGCUUGGAGCAAAAUAAGACCACUAAAGGAAAAGCACCUUUAAAAUUCUCAGAACAAAAUGAUAAAAACCGAGUUCCCAGAGCUGCUACAUCAAGGACAGAAAGAAUAUGGCCUGGAGGCGUCAUUCCUUAUGUCAUAGGAGGCAACUUUACUGGCAGCCAGCGAGCCAUGUUCAAGCAGGCCAUGAGACACUGGGAAAAGCACACAUGUGUGACUUUCACUGAGAGAAGUGAUGAAGAGAGUUACAUUGUGUUCACCUAUAGGCCUUGUGGAUGCUGCUCCUAUGUUGGUCGGCGGGGAAAUGGCCCUCAGGCUAUCUCUAUUGGGAAGAACUGUGACAAGUUUGGAAUCGUUGUUCAUGAACUGGGCCAUGUGAUAGGCUUUUGGCACGAACACACCCGCCCAGACAGAGACAAUCAUGUCACCAUCAUAAGAGAGAAUAUCCAGCCAGGGCAAGAGUACAACUUUCUGAAGAUGGAGCCUGGAGAAGUGAACUCUCUCGGGGAAAGAUAUGACUUCGACAGCAUUAUGCACUACGCCAGGAACACCUUCUCAAGGGGGAUGUUUCUGGACACAAUACUCCCUUCUCGUGAUGACAAUGGCAUUCGUCCUGCAAUUGGUCAACGGACCAGGUUAAGCAAAGGAGACAUUGCACAAGCAAGAAAGCUGUAUCGGUGUCCAGCUUGUGGAGAAACCCUACAAGAGUCCAGUGGCAACCUUUCCUCCCCAGGAUUUCCAAAUGGCUACCCUUCUUAUACACACUGCAUCUGGAGAGUGUCUGUGACGCCAGGAGAAAAGAUUGUCUUAAAUUUUACCACAAUGGACCUGUACAAGAGUAGUUUGUGCUGGUAUGACUACAUUGAAGUAAGAGAUGGUUACUGGAGGAAGUCGCCUCUCCUUGGUAGAUUCUGUGGAGAUAAAGUGGCUGGAGUUCUUACGUCUACAGACAGCAGAAUGUGGAUUGAGUUUCGCAGCAGCAGUAACUGGGUAGGGAAAGGGUUUGCUGCUGUCUAUGAAGCUAUCUGUGGAGGUGAGAUACGGAAAAAUGAAGGGCAGAUUCAGUCACCCAAUUACCCAGAUGACUAUCGGCCAAUGAAAGAGUGUGUGUGGAAAAUAGUCGUGUCUGAGGGCUACCAUGUUGGACUGACCUUUCAGGCCUUUGAGAUUGAAAGACAUGACAGCUGUGCCUAUGACCACCUAGAAGUUCGAGAUGGAACCAGUGAAAACAGUCCCUUGAUAGGACGGUUUUGUGGUUAUGACAAACCUGAAGACAUAAGAUCUACUUCCAACACUCUGUGGAUGAAGUUUGUGUCCGAUGGGACUGUGAACAAGGCAGGCUUUGCUGCUAACUUUUUUAAAGAAGAAGAUGAGUGUACCAAAGCUGACCGAGGAGGUUGUGAGCAGAGGUGCCUCAACACACUGGGCAGCUACCAGUGUGCCUGUGAGCCUGGCUAUGAACUGGGGCCAGACAGAAGGAGCUGUGAAGCUGCUUGCGGAGGACUUCUUACGAAGCUCAAUGGCACCAUAACCACUCCUGGCUGGCCCAAAGAAUACCCUCCAAACAAAAACUGUGUGUGGCAAGUGAUCGCUCCAAGUCAGUACAGAAUCUCUGUGAAGUUUGAGUUUUUUGAACUGGAAGGCAAUGAAGUUUGCAAGUACGAUUAUGUGGAGAUCUGGAGUGGUCUUUCCUCUGAGUCUAAACUGCAUGGCAAAUUCUGUGGAGCUGACGUACCUGAAGUGAUCACUUCCCAUUUCAACAACAUGAGGAUUGAAUUCAAAUCGGACAACACUGUAUCCAAGAAGGGCUUUAAAGCACACUUUUUCUCAGAUAAGGAUGAGUGCUCCAAGGAUAACGGCGGCUGUCAGCACGAGUGUGUUAACACGAUGGGGAGCUACGUGUGUCAGUGCCGGAACGGAUUUGUACUGCACGAGAACAAACAUGAUUGCAAGGAAGCUGAGUGUGAACAGAAGAUCCACAGCCCAAGUGGCCUCAUCACAAGUCCCAACUGGCCAGACAAGUACCCAAGCCGGAAAGAGUGCACCUGGGAGAUCAGCGCCAUUCCUGGCCACCGCAUCAAAUUAGCCUUCAGUGAGUUUGAAGUUGAGCAGCAUCAAGAAUGUGCGUAUGAUCACUUGGAAGUUUUUGAUGGAGACACAGAGAAGUCGCCAAUCCUUGGUCGGCUAUGUGGCAGCAAGAUACCAGAUCCCCUCACAGCUACUGGGAAUCAAAUGUUCCUUCGGUUUAUUUCUGAUGCCUCUGUUCAAAGAAAAGGAUUUCAAGCCACUCAUUCGACAGAGUGUGGCGGUCGAUUGAAGGCAGAGCGCAAACCCAGAGACUUGUAUUCCCAUGCUCAGUUUGGUGAUAAUAACUACCCAGGACAAGUUGACUGUGAAUGGCUGUUAGUAUCAGAACGAGGCUCUCGACUUGAGCUGUCCUUCCAGAUGUUUGAAGUAGAAGAAGAAGCUGACUGUGGCUAUGACUAUGUUGAAAUCUUUGAUGGUCUCAAUUCAAAAGCUGUGGGUCUUGGUAGAUUCUGUGGAUCUGGGCCACCAGAAGAAAUCUACUCAAUUGGAGGUGCAGUGUUAAUUCAUUUUCACACAGACGACACUAUCAACAAGAAAGGAUUUUAUAUAAGAUACAAAAGUAUAAGGUACCCAGAGACUAUGCAUGUUGAGAACUAAUGUGGACCCUCUCUCAGAACAAAAAGGAAUGAGUAUAAGGAAAGAAGACAUUUUUAAAAUUGACAAUAUUAGUACAAAUGUUUUAUAUAAUGAGUUUGAACAAAAGAGAACCGCAAGACUAGAGUUAUCUCUGGGAUGAAAGCGAACUUUCCAGAAAACCAGGAGGUUUGAAAGUCAUGCCUGGUGAUUAAUAAAGGUUGUGGAAGGCUAUCACAUGCUUCAAGGAAGAUUAACAGCUUGAAAUAUAUGCCUCACACUUCGGACAGUUUACUUCAGGGGCUAUGAUUCUCUGGAGUGGUUUCUUGACUACUUUUUCAAGAUCUGAGGACAUACAAUUAUCAAACAGAUCGUAACUUGGAAACCUACUUCUUGGGUAUUAGCAGGUUUGCUUAGACAUUGUUGGUCAGUCCCAGUGUAAACCAAAUCCAUGUAAGGUGAUGUGGAAUAACAGUCUUUGGAAGGUGGCUUGUCCUUUAAAUGUAGGUGUGUGUGUGUGUGUCUGUGUGUGUGUGUGUGUGUGUGUGUUUGUGUUUGGAAACUGGAAUAUUUCAUCUUCAUUAUUUUAAAAUGUGGGCCAGCUUAACCUCUUCAUAAGAAUGAUUUUGUGACCACUUUGUUGAAUCCAUGUCAUGGGAAGUCUGUAGUGUUUGUAAUGCAGUUAAUCUCUUGAUAUCAUAUUCAUUACGGAAUCACAUCCAGUUCACUAGUAAAUUCAUUUCUCGUUGGGGAAGUACUGAAUAGUCAUACCAAACCCAAGAAACCCACCAUGUCUUAUGAACCUUUAAGAAAAACUCCUACGAGGUGUGUGCAGCCAUCUUCCAAAUGACUGCCUGUAUGGAUAUUACUCCAGUUACUACUACUGCUGCUAUGAUCUUUCUUUUAUUGUUUGUGUGUUGAUGUAUUAUUGUUAUUGUUGUUAUUACUGUAUUUAAAAAUGAUCAGAUGAAGUGGAAGCAGAGUUUGAGAGACAUGAAAUCGCUCUCCCUUUUUGUUCUCUUCUUGAGAUUCAGUUUAAAAAAAUACAAUAUUGGGUGGAAAACGAUUUGUUUCUGAAAUGUUUCCUAUGGUGCUAUUCCAUAAACAUUAAAACAGCAACAACAUGUUUCUGACCUUUGAGCCAAAUGCCUGUAUACUCUGAAUGCCUCCCUGUAUGCGGCUGGAAAAGAAAAUUACAGACUUUUUAAAUAUAUCAAGAGUGUAUCAUGGCAAGGAUAAAGUUUGUCCUGUGGAACAACUACUUCCAACGCCUUAGAAUUCUUGCUCAUAAUCCAUCAAAUCUGCUUAAAGGCACACCUCUUGAAAUGUUGGCCAUCAGAGCAUACGUUAAUCACCAACUCCAAAAAAAUUCAUUUCCAUAACAAUGACGUUGGAUUCAUAUAGAUACAUUUGCGUAUGUACAUCCUAACCUGCUUUGUUGUAGAAAAUGUAAUUUUAGGAUAAAUGUUUUGCUUUA